UCUGAGCAGGUUCAUCCCAGCAACAUGACGGCGCCGGGGCUGCUGACGGAGGUGGAGCUGCUGCGGCGGAGGCUGCUGGAGAUGGAGGGGAAGGACGAGGAGCUGGCCCGGAUGGCGCGGCAGUGCCGGGACCUGGACCGCCGCCUGGCGGCCGAGGCCGGCGCCGGCCGGGGCCUCCGGUCCGAGGUCGACCGGCUCAACGGGCGGAUCGGCCAGCUGGACCGGCUGGAGGAGGCGCUGGGCCGGAGCCGGCAGGACUGCCUUCACCUGCGGGGCAGCCUGGAGCGGGAGCGGGCCGCCGGCCGGGCGCUGGCCGGGGAGCUGGAUGCCCUGCGGCUCCGGGUCCGGGACCUGGAGGCGGCUGAGGCCCGGCUGGAGGACAGCGAGGCGGCGGUGAGGCGGGACCUGGGACGGCUGAGGUCGCUGACGGCGGCGCUGGCCGAGGACCGGCGGAGCGCCGCCGAGAGGCUGCAGCAGGCCGAGGAGAGGCUCCGCCGGAGGGACGGGCCCGGCUGGUCGGCGCCAGCGGACCGACGGCCCGGUUCACGGUCCGACGCAGACUUGGAGGAGAAGGUUAGAACCGUGGUGAAGGAGAAGGACGAGCUGCAAACGAGGCUGCAGGCGGAGGAGGAGAGGAACCGCGAGCUGCAGGGACGGAUAAGCAGCAUGAAGAACACGACCUUCAGCCGCCCGACGGGGGAGAACCGGGUCCAGGACCUGGUGCAGGAACUGGACCGGCUCCGGCGGAGGCUCCAGGACCAGGAGGUGCUGCAGGACGACGUCCAGGCGCUGCAGAGGAAGCUGGAGGACGAGCAGCGAAGGACGCGGGGGCUGGAGGACGAGCUGGCGCUGACCCGGGACCAGCUGGGCCGGUACCGGCGGGCGGAGAAGCAGGAGGUGAACCAGGAGGAGAACCAGGAGCACGUCCUGCUCCGCCACCUGCAGAAGGAGCAGGUGAAGAACCGGCUCCUGACCCGGGAGGUGGCGGCGCUUAAGGAGCAGCUGCAGGCGCUGAACACGGCCGAGACCGACGUCUGCCGGGUCCAACUGGACCGGCAGGAGGCCCGGAACCAGGACCUGGCCCGGGAGGUGGAGGAGCUGGGCGGCGAGCUGCACGGGUACCGGAGGGUCCAGACUCCCGAGGCCCGGACCGGAUCCUCGGACGGACAUCGGACCUCUAGGGAGGUCCAGACCGAGCCCUUGCGGGUCGCUGACGGAGACGAGAAGGAUCCUGCCAACCCGGAGGUCUCCAGGACCAGCUCCCGGGUCGACACCAGCACCAGUACCCGGGUCAGGACCCCCCCGGGCCCGGACCUGCCCCCCCCGCCCAACGGCGAGGUGAUGACGCUGACCCACACGCCCGGGCAGCCGCUGCACAUCAAGGUGACGCCGCACCACGCGCUCAACACGGCCACGCUGGAGAUCAGCAGCCCGUCCAGCGGUGCCGGUGCCAGCGCCGCCGCGCCGUACACCAGCACCGCCAUCAUCCCGGCCGCCGGUGCCGCCACGCCCAAGCAGCGCAUCACCAUCAUCCAGAGAACCCCGUCCUGCAGCCCGGACCGGACCGGCUCCGUGCCCGAUGGGCCGCCGGGUUCCCCCGCUUGCGCCGCCGCGCCGGACGGCUCGCCCGUGCAGCUCGUCACGGUCCAGGCGUGUUCCCCCGACCCAGCCUCCCCGCUCUGCCAGACCCCCGAGCGGCACCAGAGGCCCGGCGGCAGCGACGGCGGUCCCAGCUUCAUCACCACGGAGGACAGUAAGAUCCACAUCCACAUGGGCAGCCCCGCCACAGCCCCCGGGGCGACCGCGGCAACCGCCGCGCCCGGCGGCGUCAACGGCUCCUACUUCCUCCGGCACGAGCAGAGGACUCAGGUCAUCACCAACGGCUCCCACGUGAAGGGAGUCGGGAAGAUCACGAGCAGCAUCACCAUCUCGGCCGCCGGCGCCCCCCCCGCCGCCUCCAACAUCACCGUCAGCGGCCUUUACGACUAAACAGAGACUCAUUCUGCUAUUAAAUGUUUAAAAAAAACUAUGUACAAACCAUGAAAUGAAGCUUUAUGACGCUCACUGGAACUUUCACCAGCUUAGAUGAAUAAA